GCCGGGAGCUGGGCCGCCUGCCGCGCCGUGCGCCCCCGGCCCGCAGCCGCCGGCUCCAUCCGUUUCCCAUCUCUCCAGGAUGAGAGAGGUUUGGGUUCGGCUUUUCCCCUCUCCCUGUAGUUGAUAGUUUCGGAACCAGAGGUGAUGCUGGAGUCGAGAUGGCAGACAGCGUGAAAACCUUCCUUCACGACCUCGUCAGGGGAAUUAAGGACUCCAUCUGGGGCAUCUGCACCAUCUCGAAGCUGGACGCCCGGAUCCAGCAGAAAAGGGAAGAGCAGAGGCGAAGGAGAGCAAACAGCGCGCUCGCCCAGCGGAGGUUUCACAUGGAAGAGAAGAAGCAAGAGAAUGAACCCCGGAUAGUGAGCCGGAUAUUUCAGUGCUGCGCCUGGAACGGAGGCGUAUUCUGGCUUAGUCUCUUCUUGUUUUACCGAGUAUUUAUACCCGUCCUUCAGUCGGUCACGGCACAGAUCAUCGGCGACCCUUCCUUACACGGCGACGUCUGGUCUUGGCUGGAGUUCAUCCUCACCUCCAUUUUCAGCGCCCUCUGGGUCCUUCCCCUCUUUGUGCUCAGUAAGGUUGUCAAUGCCAUCUGGUUUCAGGAUAUCGCAGAUCUGGCCUUCGAAGUUUCGGGCAGAAAGCCUCAUCCCUUUCCCAGCGUCAGUAAAAUCAUCGCCGACAUGUUGUUUAACCUCUUGUUGCAGGCGCUCUUCCUCAUCCAGGGGAUGAUAGUGAGCCUCUUCCCCAUCGAUAUCAUCGGCCAGCUGAUCAGCCUCCUCCACAUGUCGCUGCUCUAUUCGCUCUACUGCUUCGAGUACCGCUGGUUUAACAAAGGAAUCGAAAUGCACCAACGGUUAUCCAACAUCGAGAGGAACUGGCCUUAUUACUUCGGCUUUGGCUUGCCGCUGGCUUUUCUCACGGCGAUGCAAUCCUCUUACAUCAUCAGCGGUUGCCUCUUUUCCAUCCUUUUCCCUCUCUUCAUCAUCAGCGCCAACGAAGCGAGGACCCCCGGCAAAACCUACCACUUCCAGCUCCGUCUCUUCUCCUUGGUGGUUUUCCUCAGCAACAGACUCUUUCACAAGACCGUUUACCUUCAGUCCGCCCUGAGCGGUGCUUCCUCCUCCUCCUCCUCCUCCUCCUCUUCCUCCGCCGAUCGCUUCCUCUCCCCCCAGCCCUCUCCCGCCAAACACACGGCCGCUCCGGGGCACUGAGCCCCGGCACCGAACCCCGAGGGGGGUGUGUGUGUGUGGCG